GUGAGUUGUCCUUCCACACCUGUUACAUCAUCGAUGAGUGGAAGACCCAAGUUCAGAAAAGCCGUCAAGCGUGGACCAGCUGUGAAAAGGGCUGAUACUCUCGUGUUACAGUCAGCUAAAAGGUGGCGUGGCACUUGGGGUUUUUGUUUCACUGUUUACGUUCCUGAUACUGACUUAAGGAGAUUUUUGACUGGGAUAACAGAAAACUAAGUUCGGCUACUUAUUAAUUGCACUAAUUUAAGGUUUGCAGCAUUAAGUCCAAUUUGUCUCGUACAUCACUAGCUGAAAAUGGCUGAUGAUUUACAGAAAGAUUCUACAAACUCUCUGAAACUUAAAAAGGAGUUGUCUUUGCUACAUGGAGUUUGCCUGAUAGUAGGGAACAUGAUUGGAUCGGGCAUUUUUGUUUCCCCAAAAGGAGUGUUGUUGUACAGUGGAUCCUAUGGACUUUCCUUGGUCAUCUGGGUGAUAGGAGGAAUAUUUUCUGUCAUUGGAGCCUUAUGCUAUGCUGAACUUGGAACAACCAUCACCAAGUCUGGAGCGAGUUAUGCCUAUAUUUUGGAGUCAUUCGGUGGAUUACUUGCUUUUAUUAGGCUGUGGACUUCAUUACUGAUAGUGGAUCCUGCAAGUAUAGCAGUGAUUGCAAUCACAUUUGCCAAUUACCUUGUACAACCUUUCUAUCCAACAUGCAUUCCACCUUACAUGGCUGUACGCCUUGUUGCUGCUAUGAUUAUUAGUCUCUUAACUGCUGUCAAUUGUGGCAAUGUGAAAUGGGGUAAUACACUGCAGGUGGCAUCUACUGUCGCCAAAGUGCUUGCAUUAAUUGUCAUCAUCAUAGCUGGAAUGGUAAAACUAUGCCAAGGUUAUACAACAAAUUUUGAAAACUCAUUUGAUGACUCUAACCUGAAUGCGGGUGAUCUAGCUUUGGCAUUGUACUCUGCCUUAUAUUCAUAUUCAGGCUGGGACACACUUAAUUUUGUUACAGAAGAACUUAAAAAUCCUGAAAGAAACCUUCCAUUAUCCAUCGCAAUCUCCAUGCCUUUGGUUACUGUUAUUUAUGUCUUAACAAAUGUGGCAUAUUACACAGUGUUGGAUCUAAACACUGUCCUGGAUAGCGAAGCUGUGGCAGUGACAUUUGCUGAUGAGAUCUUGGGGUUUGCAAGAUGGCUUAUCCCAAUAUCAGUUGCCAUAUCUUGUUAUGGUGGUUUGAAUUCGACUCUGAUUGCUGUUUCUAGGUUGUAUUUUGUCGGCUCUCGAGAAGGGCAUCUCCCUACUGCCUUGUGCAUGAUACAUGUGAACAGAUACACACCUAUCCCAGCUCUCAUUUUUAGUGGAGGCAUGUCGUUAAUUUAUCUUGUUGUGGAAGAUGUCUUUCAGCUCAUCAACUACUUCAGCUUUAAUUACUGGCUUUUCAUUGGCCUAUCCAUAGUCAGUCAGAUUUACCUGCGGUUUAAGUUCCCAGAUAUGCCAAGACCUGUAAAGCUGAGCCUGUUCUUCCCUAUUACAUUCUGUUUAUGCACUGUAUUCCUGGUUGUUGUUCCAUUAUACAGUGACACAAUUAACACCAUGGUUGGAAUAGCAGUAGCACUUUCAGGUGUCCCUGUAUACUAUGUCUGCAUCUACCUUCCACCCGACAGACAACCCAGAUGUCUACAGAAACUAUUGGGUUUUCUCACACUGAAUGUUCAGAAGCUGUGCUUGUGCUGUGCAGUGGAUUCUGAAGAUAGAAAAGAAAUAGUGGCAUAAAACAAACCAGUGGCUAAACAAUUGACUGAUCAUCUGAAGCUGCAGCGAUUGGAAAUAAUGAUUUACUUUAUUCAUUCUUUUAAAAAUAUCUGAAAGUUAAAAUGAGCUGUUUUUUUUAAUUUAAUAAAGCUAAUGCUGAGGCUGAGUUGUUUAGGGUAAUUUACCCUAUAUUUUGUUAUGGUUAUAUUUGGAUUUGGUAAUAUUGUUAUCCAAGUUCCAUCUAAUUUAAUAUUAAAUAAAUAUUUCAUUAA